CCGAUGGCCCGCUACAAAGAGGUGAGCGUGUACGGCUACGUGGAGUUCAUGCAGGCGGUGGAGCAGCACGGUGGCAAGACCAUUUUCGCCUAGUCUUCUGGUUCUAAGGACGCCGAAGGCAAAAGCUGGUGCCCCGACUGCGUGCAGGCUGAACCGGUCGUACGAGAGGGGCUGAAGCAUGUUGGUGAAGGAUGUGUGUUCAUCUACUGCCAAGUAGGAGAAAACCCUUAUUGGAAAGAUCCAAAUAAUGGCUUCAGGAAAAAGUUGAAAUUAACUGCAGUGCCUACACUACUUAAAUAUGGAACACCUCAAAAACUGGUAGAAUCUGAGUGUCUUCAGGCCAACCUCGUGGAGAUGUUGUUCUCCGAAGUUUAAGAUUUGAUGAUGGCAAUUGUGUCUUUAUUUCCUGAUUUGCUCUAGUAUAAAAGAAUCUACAUACUUGCUUUG